AUGGAAGCUGCGCGACCCAACAGACUAUCGAUGGUUCCCGAAGCCCUUAAUUACUUUGGCAUUGCCUUUGGAGUCGUGGUCGGGACGGUUUCGUUGGGGGACGUUGGGCGUCGGGCGAGGAGGAGAUUGAAGGGAUGGAGGUGUACGAGGCGGCAAGAUGGCGGUCAUGGUAGUGAUGAAGAGGCUGGUGGUGGUGAUGGUGGUGGUGGUGGUAGGGUGCUGAACGUGAUAAUGGACUUCGGGCAGGUGGUUGACGAGUGGGGAUUGAAAGUGAGGACGCAGUUGAGCGAGCAGUGGAGGGAGGCAUAG